GGAGAAUGAAAUUUGGAGAAGUGAAAAGUGAAAAGAAAAUAUUGAGAAGUGAAGUAAAGCUGGUUCUGAACCCAGUGAUCUUCCCAAGAGGGAAUUCAGUGUGCAGAGUUUACGUUUCGUCACUUCCCAACUCUUGCCGUACACCUUUCAUUCUCAUUUCUUACACAGACACCCAGAAAUCUGCAAUGGGAGUUCCUUCGUUCUACAGGUGGGUGGUUAACAAAUACCCAAAAAUAGUAGAGGACGCUGUCGAGGAUGAAUCCUCAGUUCCCUCAAACAAACGCGAGUUCGACAACUUUUAUGUUGACAUGAAUGGGAUCAUCCAUGCCUGUUUCCACCCAGAAGAUGAUCUCUUCCCUCCAACGACGUAUGAUGAAGUUUUCCAGAAAAUCUACGAUUACAUUGAUCGGCUGUUCAACAUCGUACGGCCUCGGAAACUCCUGUACCUGGCCAUAGAUGGUGUUGCGCCACGGGCCAAAAUGAACCAACAAAGAGCAAGGCGUUUUCGGACAGCUAAGGAUAAGGACAUAAUUGAAGAAGAGGAGAUGAAACUGAGAGAGAAGUAUAAAAGAGAAGGUAAAAUUGUCCUAGACAAAGAGGAGUCUGAAGUGGACGAUUCGAAUGUAAUCACCCCUGGGACAUUGUUUAUGUAUAUACUUUCUGAGAAAUUACAAAUUUACAUCCAAGAAAGGAUCCGUGAAAAUCCAGGGUGGAAGAAUAUUAAGGUUAUUCUCUCUGAUUCCAAUGUUCCCGGUGAAGGGGAACACAAGAUAAACUCUUUUAUACACGCCCAACGUAUGUUUCCUGGUUACAAUUCCAACACACGCCAUUGUUUGUAUGGCUUGGAUGCUGACUUGAUUAUGUUAGCAUUAGCAUCACACGAGCUUCACUUUUCAGUUUUAAGGGAGAAUGUUCUUAAUGUGAAUGAUCAAUCGAAUCACUUAUCAUCUCUUGAACUUAGUAUGCGAAAGGCAGAGAAUCCUACAACGAACAGUAGAGGAUGGUUUAAACAGGUGAUUCAGUCUGACAAGGGGAAGCAAAUUCAUGCAACAAAGAAAGAUUUUCAGUUUCUUAAGGUUUGGGUGCUCCGGGAGUACCUUGAUCUUGAUAUUAGAGCUAAACUUCCCGAAGAUUGUAAAGCUGAUUUGGAGAGAGUAGUUGAUGAUUUCGUGUUCAUUUGUUUCUUUGCGGGAAAUGAUUUUCUUCCUCACAUGCCCACCCUCGAGAUUCAUGAGGGGGCACUUGAUUUACUUUUGUAUGUCUACAAGGAAGGAUUCAAAAACCGCGGUGAUUAUUUGGUUGACAUGGAAAGGGUUGACGACCCGAGGGGCUACAUUAAGUUGUCAAGAGUUCAAAGAUUCAUACUUUCUGUUGGUGAAUUUGAAGAGAAGAUAUUUAAGAAAAGAAUGGAAAUUCGAGAAAAAAGAGUUAGACGGGUACUUUUAGAAUCCCGAGAUGAUCAGGAUGCGGAGGAAGUCAAUAUGGAAAACAUGACGAACCAAUUUGACGUUGCAGUCUCUCUCGGCUCUGAUAACCCGCAAACUUCUGACGUUUCUCUUGCUUUAAGCAAUACGAAGGAUUUGAAGCAGGAGCUGAAAGACAUCAUCCGUGCAAAUGCUGAUACGUUUAAAUAUGGCGGUGCGGUGGAUAAGGUAAAAUUCGGUGAAGCGGGCUGGCGGGAGCGGUACUACACUGAAAAAUUUAAAGUGGAAAGCGGUGGAGAUAUAGAAUCCACGAGAAAGGCUGUUGUUGCGAAGUACACCGAAGGCCUACAUUGGGUCUUGUUGUACUACUAUAAGGGGGUGCCGUCGUGGAACUGGUUUUAUCCAUAUCACUAUGGUCCAUUGGCGUCGGACUUGAAAGGAAUGUCUCAAACGAAGGUGAAAUUUCAGAAUGGGCAACCGUUUAAACCUUUUGAUCAACUGAUGUCUGUCCUUCCUCCCAGGAGUGCUCAUGCUCUCCCAGAAGCGUACGGGUCUCUCAUGCAAGAUGAGAAUUCGAACAUCGUUGAAUUUUACCCUACUGUGUUCGAUACUGAUCUUGAUGGGAAGCGAUUUACAUGGCAGGGUAUAAGCAAGCUGCCAUUCAUUGAUGAGGAACGUCUCUUAGUUGAGACAAGGAAACUCGACAAAGAUCUUACGGACCUUGACAGAAUGAGGAAUAUGGAGACUGCCGAGUUGUUGUACAUGGAGGGGUCGUGUAAACUUGCGUUGUGUAUUAUGUCGUCUUUCAAAAAUCGUAAAGGAUUACAAGAAAACGAUGCCAUACAAAUAGAUCUCGCUUUGAGUGAUGGAGUUAGCGGUCUUGUGUGGAGUAAAGAUUAUUGUACCAAUGAUCUGCCAAUAGACACUUUGUGUGUGUUUUAUCGGACUUCUCCGUGCUCUUCUUCUCUUCCUCGAGUACUAGCUGGUACCGAUUUCCCUGAACAGAUUGUUUUCGAAGCUGACAUUGGAGAAACAGUGCUUUGGCACGAACUCAACGGUAGACCAGGCUACAGUUCCUCCCACAGGUAUCAUAAUAAUCAUGGAUCAUCGAUGGGUAGGGCGAGUAAUAGCCCAAGAAAUCAUAGGAAUUCUGUUCCUGACGAGUUUGUAAAAGGUUCUGGUUGUGGAUGGGGUGGUUGCGGUGGAAGGCACUUUUCUGAACCUGAAUUGCAGAACCAUAACAAUUUCCCAAGAUAUAGUCCAUCUAGACCUGUUGCGAAUUCUAGAAUUCAUCCAUCAUCGUCUCCCCGGGAAAGACCAUAUUCUAGACAACCAAUCGGGACUCCAAGCAAUCAAGGGUAUAGGUCUAGAUCACCAUCAGUUGUUGCUCCACCGCAAUCUUUCUUUGCUCCGACUGUUAACCCCUGGGUACGAGGGAAUGCAGGCCCCAGAAACAGCGGGCUAGAGAGUCAAUGGCGGGUGCCUGCACCAGCAGCAGCUGUUGCUCCCGCUGAUAACCCUUGGAUACGAGGGAAUGCGGGCCCCAGAAAUAGCGGGCUGGAGAAUCAAUGGCGGAUGGCUGCACCCCCACCUGCUGCUCCGACUGAUAACCCCUGGAUACGAGUGAAUGCACGCUCCAGAAAUAGCGGGCUGGAGAAUCAAUGGCGCCCGACUGCCCCAGCAGCGGUCUCUAGAGGAGGACAGCCUGGUUGGAAUAACCAGAACAGAAGAUAGAAAAUGCCAUUAUUCUGACUUUCUGUUCCACUAAGUAGCCAAAUUUGAUUACAGGCUGACAAAAAUAUGGGCAUGGGACAUCUGUUUUGUGGGAAUGGAUACUGAGUUUUGGGGAUACAUUAAUAUAACAACCAGCUGUUUUUUGCUUAUUA